ACACUGUUGCCUUCGGAAGUGGGCACAAUAGCCCGCCGAUCGGUGUUUUCUCUGGAUAUAAAAUCGCAAGUAGUUAAACGUGUGCAAGUAGCCUCAAGUCUCACGUGCAAGUAGUCAAACAGCUCUGCUAUAGUGCGUCGAUCGAGAUGUCACUAGCAGGUUGGGUUUCAGCUAUUAGGAUAGGGGUUACCGUCCUGUUUGAAGCGCGUAUCUUCAUUUUAUUGCAACUACUGAUCGUACUAUUCAGACCAGACAUUGCGGAUCGUGAAAAUAGAGUGAAACCCGUGUCGCCGCUAAAUCUGCGAAAUGAGUACGAUUUCGUGGUGGUUGGAGCUGGAUCAGCUGGAUCAGUGAUAGCCAAUCGGCUGUCAGAGAAUGGCAACUGGACGGUGCUCCUGGUGGAAGUUGGAUUGGAUGAACCGGAAAUCACUGAUGUGCCUCUAGCCUUUGCGGUUCCGGAAUUCACUCCCUACAACUGGCAAUUCAAAACUGAACCGUCGAAGAACUAUUGUCAGGCGAUGAACAAGCAGCAGUGCAACUGGCCUCGUGGCAGGGUUCUCGGAGGUAGCAGUGUGCUGAACGCAAUGCUCUACGUUCGUGGCAACAAGAGAGACUAUGACAACUGGGAAAAACAGGGAAAUCCAGGCUGGGACUACGACAAUGUGCUGCCUUAUUUUAAGAAGUCCGAAGACAUGAGGAUUGAAGAAUACAAACAUUCGCCUUAUCACCACACUGGCGGUUACUUGACUGUUGAGCACUUCAGGUACCAAACUCCCGUGAUCAAGUAUCUGGUAAAGGCUAUCACAGAACUGGGAUACGAGGUCCUGGAUGUCAAUGGACCUACUCAAACCGGGGUCACCAAUUCCCAGGGUACUUUGAGAGACGGGUUACGAUGCAGUACUGCGAAAGCUUUCCUCCGGUCUGCUUCCAAGAGGAAAAAUCUGGAUGUGAGCAUACUCUCGACUGUGGAGAAGAUUCUGAUAAGCGAAGACGACGAUUCAAAGAGAGCAUACGGCGUCGAAUUUCGAGUAGGCCUGAUCAGCCAUACGGUCACGGCAAAACGCGAGGUCAUUUUAUCCGCUGGCGCUAUACAAUCGCCGCAAUUGCUCAUGCUGUCCGGUAUCGGCCCGAAAGAUCAUCUGGACGGUAUAGGGGUGAAGACUGUGUACGAUGCACCGGGCGUGGGUGAAAAUCUACAAGACCACGUGUCGAUCGGUGGUUUGCUGUAUUUGAUGGACCCACCAGCAAAUUAUACGGGGAAGGACCCAUUCACAUUCAAUUUGUUCAAGUCCGUCACCGAGAAAGACGUCACGGAUUUUGCCCUGGAGGGAAGGGGAACAUUGUAUGCGUUGCCAAUCAGCGAGGCUAUGGCAUUUAUCAAUACUAAGUACGCGAACAAAACGGACGAUUAUCCUGAUAUACAGCUCUUCCUGACAAGCGUAACGGAUGCAAACGACGGCGGUGUUUUCUUAAGUCAGAUCGGCAAUGUGAAGGACGACUUCUACGCAGACAUGUUUGAGAAUAUAAUCUACAAACCUUCAUAUAGUGUCGUUCCGCUUUUGCUAAGACCUCGUAGCAGAGGGUACGUGAAAUUGCGUUCGAGUAACGUGGACGAGCAUCCGAUUAUCGUUCCCAAUUAUUUCCAGGAUCCACAUGACCUUAACGUUUUGAUAGAAGGUGCAAACUUCAUAUACAAUCUCAGCCAGACACCAUCUUUGAAAAGUCUGAACGCCAGAGCGAACCCAAAUCGAAUCCCAGAAUGCUCGUCUUUCAAGUUUCCAUCGGACGAUUACUGGAAAUGCCAAGCAAGAUUUUACACAUCAACGAUCUAUCAUCCAUGUGGGACUUGCAAGAUGGGCCCAGCGACUGACAAGAUGGCCGUCGUGGAUCACAGACUUAAAGUACACGGAAUUAAGGGACUGCGAGUGGUUGACGCGUCGAUUAUACCGAAUAUUACCUCUGGAAACACGAAUGCGCCGGUUAUUAUGAUUGCCGAGAAAGCUGCAGACAUGAUCAAGGAGGACUGGAAAUAGUACAUAUAGAUUAUAGAUUGUGCUUAACCGUGUCGAAUUGUCGAAAUGGAAAAUCUUGAUGCUAUAGACGCUAACGAAAUUGUGAUUUCUCGAAGAAAUUGUCUAUACUGUUUUCAAUUACACAUGAUCAAAAAGCUCAA